AUGUUGAAAAUAUGCCUGUGCCUGUUGGCCAUACGCUGUGCAUUUUCUGAGGAGAACGUUCCGGUUCCGAAAAGCAAUUAUGCCAUCGAAGGAGAAGUGAUUUUUCCGAGUGAGGGUCUCACCAGCGCGAAGGGCCACGUCCAGACAAGAAUUCUGCUAAAUCACGGACAACAUAUUGGCUUCGUCAAAGCCGAUGGAUCAUUUAAGAUCGAUGGCCUCACCAACGGAAGCUACAUUGUGCAAGUUGAAAACGUCGACUUCCUGUUUGAGCCUAUCCGAGUCGACAUCUCGACGAGAGGAAAUCUCAGGGCCCGGAAAUUGUCGACGAUUCAGCCGAAUUCGGUGAAUCAGCUUCCCUACCCUCUGAAGCUAUCUGCCCGUGAGCAAACCCGGUACUUCCGCAAACGCGAGGAAUGGCGAGUGACGGACUUUAUCUUCUCUCCAACAUUCCUUAUGCUCGGAUUGCCGAUGCUUGUGCUCCUCGUCAUUCCCAAGCUUGUUGCAAAUGAUCCGGAAAUGCAGAAAGAGAUGGAAAGCAUGCAGAUGCCAAAGAUGGAUAUGCCCGAUGUUUCCGAGAUGAUGGCAAACUUCUUCGGAGGAAAUCCUAAGCAAAAGAAGAAGGCGAUCGGUUCCGGCGCCAGCCCGUCCCAGCCAAGCAGCAGCAAGAGAAACGGCAUGGGCUUUUUCAACAGUUUUGCGCAAUGGCUGGGCGUUGGAAAGAAGCAAGUGAAUAUUUGCGUCAUAGGCCUUGAUAAUUCUGGAAAGACUACCGUGUUGAAUCAGUUAAAAACGCCGGACACGAGAGUUUCUAAUAUUGUGCCUACUGUCGGCCUCACCGUCACAAACUUUACAUCGCCAUAUAUAAAUUUUAAUGCGUUCGAUAUGAGUGGACAAAGUAAAUACCGUAACCUUUGGGAUUCUUAUUAUGCCACUUCGGAGGGGUUGAUGUUCGUCGUUGAUAGCGCUGACCGACUGCGAAUCAGCGUUGCUCGUGAUGAAUUGUGGAUGUUGUUGGAUCACAAGGAUUUAGUGAAUCGAAAGAUCCCGAUUCUGGUUUUGGCUAACAAAAUGGAUGAGAAGGACGCGAUGACAUCAGCUGAGAUUACGAGCUCUUUAGGUUUGGAUAUGGUACGUGGGAGGGCUUGGCAUAUCGCUAGUACUUGUGCUUUAACAGGCGCUGGCCUACCAGCAGCAUUGGAAUGGCUGUCAACAAACAUCAAAAAUUACCUAGAUGAAAAAGCACAAGCCGGCAAU